CACACUCGGGAUGACCCAGCCUACCCCAAGUGGAAACUUGGAGCCCUCCCCUAAACCUCAGGGCCAGCCCCAUUGGCUGCCAGGGCCAUUACAACCAGCAGAGCUGCCCAGGCACAGCCAGCCUCAGACAUCUCCAGCCUCAUCUCCCACAGCCUCUUCCUCCUGCUGCUGCACCCACUGCUGCACACUCUGGGCCUCACUGCUGGCACCAUGCAGCCCCCUCGCUGCUGCCUCCUCCUCAUCCUUCUCUACCUCUUCCUCCUCUCUGGGACAUGGGCAACCCUGCAGGGGACCUUCACUUUCCGGCUGCUUCAAACCUCUACCUUCCAAAACACCUCCUUUGUGGACACGGAGGGGAUAGGCCUGCUGGAGGACAUCGAACUUGGGUCUCUUGAUAAGCACACCUGGGACAUCCACUUCUGCCAGCCCUGGGUCCGUCCAUCCCUGCCCCACAGUGAGUGGGACACCAUUGACAACAUGAUCAAGAUCUAUUUGCAUCAGUUCAUCCGACAGAUCAAUGAAGGGGCCAUGCAGAAGGAUGUGCCCUACCCCUUUGUGGCUCAGGUCAUGGCAGGCUGCAAGCUCUACCCCAACAGGACCUCUCAGAUAUUCAGCUAUGUGGGCUACAAUGGGCAGGACUUCCUCAGCUUCAACACAGACAAUGCCACCUGGACCCUCUCCCAGGACACUGACCUGGCACGGUACGUCAGGGAUGUCCUCCAGAACGACACAACCCUCGUUGAGGCGGUGAAGGACCUCUUGAACGAUACCUGUGUCAAUGCCCUGGAGAUGUUCCUGAGUUACGGGAGGGCAGCUCUGGAGAGACAAGAGCUGCCCGUGGCCACGGUCUUUGCCCGCACGCCCAGCCCACACCAGCUGCUGCUGGUUUGCCACGUCACCGCCUUCUACCCCCAGCCCAUCAGUGUGGCCUGGCUGAGGGAUGGCCACGAGGUGCCUCCGGGCCCGCAGCUCAACACCAGCCCCGUCCUGCCCAACGCUGACCUCACCUACCAGCUCUCCAGCGUCCUGGCCGUGGCCCCCCAGGACGGGCACAGCUACGCCUGCCGCGUGCGCCACCGCAGCCUGGGCACCCGCAGCCUCCUCGUCCCCUGGGGGAACUCACCGGUGCUGCUCAUCACAGGGCUCGUGGCCGGGCUGCUGGGAGCCGUGGCUCUUGCUGCCCUGCUGCUGCUUUGCCUCUGGAGACGCAGAAAGCACCAGGGCACAGAGGAAUCACAGUCCAGGAACUCCAUCCUGAGCAAAGAAGCUUAG